ACUCGCAGCCUAAUUUCUUCCUGCGGUAGUUUUUUUAGUUUGAACAAUGUGUGUUUGUGGACGGUAGUGUACGACUCCGUGCACCCCGAGUUAACUAGUGAUCCUUCUAUUUUCUGUGUUGGCGUGACUUGUGCUUACUUACUGCGACUAACUGCGUUGAUACCCAGAUUGUUAAACAACACGUUUGUUUUUAAUCCUUUUUUUUAUUUUUUGACACGUUAACAUUUAUAACUGUCACAGCAAAUUAGAAGUUAGAACUAUGGGUGCUUCGCGAUUAUUCAUUGGAGGCGUAAGUGCUGAUCUUGAGCAAGGAAUUCUUGAAAAAAAGCUAUCCAAGUAUGGAACAGUGGUGAAUAUUGAAAUAAAGGAAAAGAAAGAUGUUAUUAGUGGUGAGGUAGUCAAGAGGUUUGCUUUUGCCACUUUGGAUGGAGCUCAUUCUGAUAUUGAGAAAUGUAUCUACUCAUUGAAUGGAUCAACACUGAAUGGAGCAACGUUAUCAGUAGAACGGGCACAAGAAAGUUUCAUUGAGCGCAUCAAGCGUGAGAGAGAAGAGAGAGUAGCUGGCAAACCUUCCUCUGCAACAUCCACCAAUGAUAUACAAUACAGGGCUGGUGUUCACAACCUGCAUGAGAGAAAGGAAAAGUUUUCUCUUAAUAAUUUUUCAGCUGAUGAUUCUUACAAUAAUUACAGCAAUGAUUUUAAUUAUAAGGCCCAAACGGAUUCAUGGAAAAAAUCUGGCCCCUAUUUAGAAAAAACAACUUAUGAUGUCUAUUCUCAAAUCAAAAAUGAUCCUGAUCAACAGGCUACCGUAAAAGAUGAGUUGCUGCCCAGCCUGGCAUCAUAUAGUUCAGCAUGGCGGGAUGAUGACGAGUCAAUAGAAACAUCUUUCCAUGAGGGUGACGGGACCCACGAGAACCUCCAUGCUGAGUCACCGCACACCAAACCAAAAGUACCCGUGAUGCGGCGUUAUGAUCCCACCAAGCCUGCUCCUCAAGCUGACAACGAGCAGCCCUCUGCUGCAUCUACCUGUGAUACUGUGAAGGUCACUGCUGCAGCACACAUCUCGAAGGACUUGGUGUUCUCUGGCGCCUCAGGCACCUUCAGCCUCCUGGACUUGUUGGAUGGCAAACUAGAUUCUUCCAAAGCAAUUGAGGGUGAUCAAAACCUGCCUACUACUGACCGGAUAAUUGGACAAGAAGUUACAAAGUCUGAUGAAGAUGUUGGGCAAAACGAACUCGAACGUCACCGGAGCAAAAACCGAAAAAGAUCCCGCAAAUCUGACGUGGCGGCUCCUGCAAAAGCGGCGGCUCUUCCACCCUAUGUCAAAAAGGAAAAGUUCUUCAUUGAUUCAGAAGAUUCUUGCAUUGGAGAAAGCGUGGCGUGGCUUUAUGAAGUGAUUAGCGACCAGAAGCGCGAGGAGUUCCGCGAAGUGCGUCGGGAGAUCGCGAGUCAUUGCACUUACCGUAUGCGCCGUGCGAGAACUGACACUGAUAAGGUGCAAAGUGCCGUCACCUCAACCCAGGACUGGUGGGGGUCAAGCAGAUAUUCCGAUGAGGCCGGAAGCGUGGAACCGGCCACACUCGUCUCUGAGGUGGUCAGUGUAGUCGCCUCUGCUGUGCGGACUUCUUACUCUGACGAAAAAAAAGUUCCGUUAAGGGUCUCCGACAGCAACGCCAGGAAUGUUACGGCAUCAAAACAAUUUACACAAGGCCGAGGAAGAGGUCUUUUCCAGAACCGUGGCAGGACGCUUGCAUGGGGUGGGCGUGGAAGCUUUCGAGGUGGAAGUAGCCUUGGACUGGUGCGAGGCGGAACCAAUGAGCGAGGCUGAGCGUUUUUUUCUGAUUAAAUGAUUUAAUUUGU